AUGUACUCAGAUUCCGAGCCCAAAUUUCAAUACUUGGUUGAGGUCACAGUUGGUCUGGUAUUUUUGGGCUGCCCGUUCAAGGGUUCCAAGAUCCAGGAGAUGGCUUCUGUCGUGACCAACUUUCUACAAGUGGCUGGGUCUGAUAGCGGUAUUAUCAGAGACCUCCGGUAUGGAGAUCCAAUUCUGCUAGACAAGAUCAAUGGGUUCCAACGGCUAUUGGAAAGGAACACAAUUCCGUUCUGUGCCUUCAUCGAACGCAAAGAGACCGACUACGGCAAAAAGAUAGGGUUAACAGGAAUUUGGAAGGAGUUGGUUGUUGAUGAAGAAUCUGCUGGGGCCUUAGGGCCGCACAAGUUCCACCUGAAUACCGAUCAUUUCAAAAUCAACAAGUUCUCUGGACCACUGGAUCGAUCUUUCCUCGCGGUUUCUUCCCAAAUCAAUGAGAUGUUCACCAACUGGAAACCGCUAGUUGAGAGCCGAAAGGCGGGCUCCAACCGCCCCGGAGCACAGCGAAAAAUCAUGGAGACCAAGGAGCGACACGAGAAAAUUGUCAAGUUCUUGGCGAAAUUUGAUUUCUCUGCACGAUAUCGAGAUGUUUUCUCUGCCAGGCACAAAAGGACCGGCCAGUGGUUUUUGGAAACCGAGACCUUCCAGGCCUGGGUAGCAAAAGAAGGACAGAGCCUUUGGUGUCCCGGAAUUCCUGGGGCGGGAAAAACUGUCUUGCUCGCUGUUGCAGUGAACUACUUGCAGGAAACCUACUUCAAAUCAGAUGAGGUGGUUCUUUUCGCGUUCUGUGACUAUAAAGACCAAGCCAAUCAAAGUGCGGAGAACAUCAUACUCUCGCUCUGGAGGCAGUUGAUGCAAAGGCGCGUUCUCGGUGAGCUCGAGUGUGAAUAUUUUGAGACAACCUAUCUCAAAAGAGGAGUUUUCCCAACGACCGACGCUUUGGUGAAGCUGUUCUCAGAUGAGAUCAGCAAGUACUCACGGGUCUUCAUCCUUCUUGAUGCUCUUGAUGAACUUCGGACUGAAAGUCGUGAUUCAUUGCAGUAUCUUCUGCGGCAAUUACCCAAGCGCAUGAACUUGCUGGUUACCUCGCGUGUACCCAAAGAAACCACCGUAGAAUUUCGCAAUGUUCCUCAGCUCGAAAUUCGAGCAAGGGACAAGGAUAUUACGGAUUAUAUCAACGGUCGCCUGGAGUCUGUCUCGAAAUUGCGAUCGAAGGUUGAGCACAACCCCAAGUUGAAGGAGGAAAUCAGAAGCACUAUCACGAAGAAGGCCGACGGAAUGUUCCUUCUCGUCAAGCUACAUCUGAACUCUUUGGCAUCUAAACAUACCGUUAAAGAGAUCAGAACAGAUCUGAAGAAUCUGCCAGAAGGAGAAAACGCCAUCUCUGAUACAUAUGAAGGGGCGUUCUCUCGCAUUAGUGAUCAGACCCGCGAAGACCGCGAGCUCGGAGAGAAGAUCAUCUUAUGGAUUUCCCAUGCGCAGCGACCAUUGACAAUGAAAGACCUGCAGUGCAUUUUGACUUUGCAGGAAGGGGAUACCGAGCUCGAUUUCCAUGAUUUAAUCCCGGAAGAGCUGCUUGUCUCUACCUGCGCGGGUCUUGUAACCGUGGAAAGUAUGUCUGGAAGAAUCCAGUUUGUGCACUCCACUGCCCAGGAGUUCGUUGAUUCGGUCAAAUCCACAAGGUUUCCUGGUGCAGAUUUGACAAUUGCCAAUUCCUGCAUACAAUAUCUCUCUUUGUCAGAGUUUUGUAGAGAGACCAAGGAGAUUCACACCACCUCAUUCACGAGCACUGUCUCUCAUUACCCCUUCCUUGAGUACGCCGCGCUCUUCUGGGGCGUACAUGCAAGACACGCCGGCAACUCAUCGACCAGAGGCUCCAUCGAGAAGUCAGUUAGGCGCUUCUUCAACCUCAGACUACAGUCGGCGUUCGCUGUGCGCACUCUUCUGUGCGGCGUGGCAGGGAUUGAUGGUGCUGAGAUGGGUGACAGUCUGGCGCGAAACGAUCGAUCUGUCAAACUGAUCAACAUCCUGGCCUACUUUGGACUCGACUUCAUUGUUGCUGAUCUAAUCUCCAGUAGAUCAGAGGUUUUGGUGGAGUCAUUUGAUGAGUUUGUGGGAAAUGUCUUACAUUGGGCAGCCCUUGGCCAGCACGAACCAACACUGAGAUUUCUGUUAGGUCAGACAUCCGCAGACAACAUUUUGAACCAGAGAGGGUACUCCCAAUUCACACCGCUGCAUCUGGCUCUGGUUUACAGGCGAGAUCGCUCCGCAGAGAUCAUUUUGGACUAUGGGCCUGAUGUCAAAGUCACAGCACAUUUCGAGCAUACCCCUUUACUCAUCGCAUCUCUCACUGGAAACAGUAAUAUCAUUCCCAAGUUACUGGCAGCGGACAAAGAGCUGAAAACGUUGUUAAUGCAAGGGCAUGGAUCGACCACUCCCUUCCGUGCCGCUGCUAUGUGGGGGCACAAAGACGUGAUGGUUGUAUUAUUGCAAGCUCUCGAUGGCUGUGAAAUCAGCGACGAUCUCCACGAGCUGAGGGAUGACUUUUGGAGAAACCCGAUGCACCAAGCAGCAGAAGGGGGGCAUUUCGGCAUCUGCGAAGUUCUGCUCCAGUCUAAGUAUGGAGAAAAGUUUGCGACAAGUGAAGAUGGGUCGUCGAGGAUUCCAAUGGAAUUGGCCCUUCUCCAAGGCCAUGUAGAAGUUACUGAGCUGUUCCUGAAUUGGAACGACCAGGCGCUACUAACCAGUGAGCCCGGAACUGUCGCGGGAGCGCUCACAAUGGCGGCGCAUUUCGGGCAGCCAAUGAUCGCAGACAUGCUGCUAGCUCGGCAUCCGGAAGCUUGUGCAUCGGACUUCCGCAAUUACACGCCUCUUCACCAUGCAGCCUACAGUGGCUCGGUCGAUACCGUAAAAGUCAUUCUCGGUUAUCCCGCUGGCGCUUCGACUUUGGAAGCCCGAGAUAAAUCUGGAAGGACCCCUCUGGUAGGAGCGGCCGAUAGAGGACAAGCAGAAAUUGUUGAAUAUCUCAUUCAGAAUGGUGCCGACAUCAAUUCCAAAGACGACAGCGAAAAGACCGCGCUCCAUGUUUCUUGCGAAGGGGACCUUGAUCAAGUGGUCAAGAUACUGCUCCAGUCUGGGUCUGGCAUUGACAUAGAAGCUAAAAACUCCGAGGGAGAAACCGCACUCGCAGUUGCAAUCGAGUGGCAAGCAACAGAGGCGAUCAAGUUGCUUGUAGCAGUGGGAGCUAAAGUCCCCGACGGGGUGCCUCUGUCUGAUAGUACUGACACAGCGGAUUGCUAUUCCCCGGUGGAGCCACUCGACCAAUUGAGAGCAUAUUUCUAUCUGAAGAAGGCAUCUGGAGACAAGCUUCCUCAGUUUCUGAUCUCGAACAUUCUUGAUCUCGCGGAGUACUGGCUUGUUGACAAGACCCAGCGCUACGAGCCAAAACUCGCCACCAAUUUUGACAAUGGCACAUUGGUCUACCUACGAAGUCGUCCGAUCCAAGGAAAUCUUCACCACCCUGUUCGGCGCAUCGAAUAUGAAGUCAUCAGUCAUGAUCAGGGUUUCAGCAACGAUUUCCACGUGCAUGGGACGUACGAAUGCUCCCACACUUGGUUCGACGCCGGCCGAGAGUGUAGCCCCGGUCCUUUCCAGGGCUCGGCUAGCCGAAUUUUAGGUCCGAUAAUAAUGCGGAACGUCCAUGCAAGCAGAGACUGGCACACCCAUCGCAUAACAUGGUGCUGCCUUACUGGCGCACAAACCGUCCAUGUGCGCUCCGAUGACAACACAAACGAACAGAUCGAAGAGAUCGUCACGACGGUCCACAGUGAUCACAGACACCCGAGACCGGAGCCGGUCAAAUGGAUGACGGAAAUCAAUCCCGGCGAACGAUUCCUAAUGACAGCCAUGGCCCAAUUCCCGGGAUGGGUCAAUUAUGUACAGCGUGCCAAAGUCGUCGUUUACACAAGCUUUAUCAAAUCAAGUGGUCUGUACUAG